CAGAGUUGCAGUCAAGGCGCGUAGACAGCUAGAAAACUUAGUUCACCGUUUAAUAAGUGUCGUUUUCACUGGAAAUUUUUAUAUAAAAAUAUAUAAUAAUUUACAAAAGAAGAAAAUAAACUAAAUUAAAAAAAUGCAAAUAAUAAAAGAAAAUUAAACUUUAAAAAAUGUCAUUAAAACAAGUGUUAUAUUAAAAUAACAAGAAAAAAACAUUGAAAUUUUACCCAAAAAAAAAACUAAAAGGAAAUUAACAAAUAAAAAAGAGGUCGUUUUGUGGCUGUUGAAAAAAUAAUAGAAAAAAAAAACAAAUACAUAAGCAAACAAGAAUGAGUAAAUGUUGAAAAUAGAAAAAGAAGCAGCAGAAAUAACAAAAAAUCAUAGAAACGUAAGAGGCAAUACCAAGAAGAUUAAAUACAAAGCAAAACAGUAAAAUAUAAAAAAAACAAGAGCACAUAUAUAUUAGCUCUUUCUCACUUAACUCACACAUAUUAGAAUGUGUGAGUGUGAUAGCUGUCAUUACCUAAAUGCACAUAAAAUUAUAACAACAACAAUAACUGCAAUAAGAAGCAGCAAAAGUAAAAUAACAACGAAAAGGGAAGAGUGCAAAUGUCAAGUAAAUUUUUACCAACAAAAUAACAACAGCACAACAACAAACAGUUAUAAUAAUAAAAACAACUGCAUUAGCAGCAAAAAGAAAAUAAAUUUCAUAAAUUUUAAACAAAAUGCAUACCGAAACAACAAAUUCUACACUAAUAUUAAACAAUAUGCAACAGCAACAUUAUUUAAGCCAUCUGGAGCAGGAUCAACUUAUGCCAGAACCUGCACAACAGCAACAACAACAUAACUUUACACACUUGCCCUCCUCAACAAAUAACCCUAACACAUCCUUGAAUGCAGAAGGACUUUAUGCAGCAACAACACAACAACAGCAGCAGCAUCAACAACACUUGACGUCAGCAUGUCCCUCACAGUUUUACACUAAUGGAACGACAACAAGGCUAACACAUCCUGCCACAAACUCUACAACAACAUCUGCCUUUUCCUCCUUAUCAUCCAGUUCAAGCUCUUCCUCCUCCUCCAAUGACAGUAGUUAUAACUGUCCCAAUUCCCCUACGGCUGACCUUAACUGUAAGAAUAACAACAAAAAUAAUGCCUCCAUAGGCGUUAACCUAAGAGUAACAGGCCAGUGUAGCCAAGGAGGUCGUAAAUAUAUGGAAGAUUACUUUUCAGUGGCCUAUCAACAGUCAGAGAAUGCCAAAGAUUUGGAAUAUGCUUUUAUUGGUAUAUACGAUGGUCACGGUGGUGCAGAGGCGGCCAAAUUUGCUAAAGAACAUUUAAUGAUGGAGAUUAUUAAUCAGCGACUAUUUUGGUCGGAUAAUGAUCAUGAUGUUUUAAGGGCCAUACGUGAGGGUUAUAUAGCUACACAUUAUGCUAUGUGGAGGGAACAAGACAAAUGGCCAAAAACAGCCAAUGGUUUACCCAGUACAGCGGGUACCACCGCUACAGUGGCUUUUAUAAGAAGAGAAAAGAUCUAUAUAGGACAUGUGGGAGAUUCCGGCAUUGUAUUGGGUUAUCAAAAUGAAAAUGAAAACUUUUGGAGAGCCAAACAAUUGACAACCGAUCAUAAACCCGAAUCGGUAGAGGAAAGAACCCGUAUUAUGAAUUCAGGUGGUAAAGUGGUGGUAAAAUCAGGAGUACCCAGAGUAGUAUGGAAUCGUCCCAGAAAUGCCAGUCACCGUGGUCCCAUACGCAAAAAGACCUUAGUCGAUGAAAUACCCUUUUUGGCGGUGGCCCGCAGUUUAGGCGAUCUUUGGAGUUAUAAUUCGGAACGCAAUGAAUUUGUGGUUAGUCCGGAUCCAGAUGUCAAAGUUAUACCCAUUAAUAGCAAAACAUUCCGUUGUUUGAUUUUCGGCACUGAUGGCCUUUGGAAUGUGGUUAGUGCCCAGGAAGCCGUCAAUACCGUACGCUAUAAAGAGGUUAUCAAAGAACGUUUAGCGGCCCAAAGAGGUGACUCACCCCAGGAGGGUAAUCAAUGCACAAAUCCCAGUAAAUCAUUAGUAGAUCAAGCUUUACGCACCUGGUCUAUUAAAAAAAUGCGUGCUGAUAAUACCUCGGUGGUGACAGUAAUGUUAUAUCCACCCGGUCAAUCAGAUCAUAAUACAAAUGCUGAAUGCAAAGAGAGUAGUAGCUCAUUAACUAAUCCCCCAGACUUUGUACAGCCCAUUAGCUAUGGUUUGGAAUACACGCAAGUUCAAGCUGAAGUACCGGCCUAUGAUGAUGCUACCACUUAUAAAGAAAUGGCUUUAAAAUAUUUACCUCCCGAGGCUUAUCGUAAUUUCAACUAUUAUGCCGAUGAGUCAGACACCGAGGGUGAGGAUAAUGAAGAAAGUGAGGAAGAAGAACAGGAAAUUACACCUGGAAGUUUACAAAACCAUAAUAAUUAUCAGCAACACCAGCAGCAUUUAGUUAACUCUAACAAUUGGAAUUGGCCGGCUAAUAAUAGUCAAACAAUACAGCCUUUAGUUAGACCCGUAGAGGUAACUGAGGAGGAGGCAGAAGACGAAGAAGAAGAAGAGGAGGAGGAAGAAGAUGAAGACGAUAUGGAAGAGGAGUCUAUAGAAGAAGCACAUCUACAGGCCCCGGAAAGACCGGUAUGCAUAGUAAACUAUCAAAACUAUGUACAUAUGGAGGCGGAGGAAACCAACAAUGCUACCGAUUCUUAUAUAAAUACCUUUGCCGAGUCUUACAACUCCAUAUUGACAGCUUCACAAGAAGAUUGUCUAACCACGGCAGUAACUGCCUCAUCCUCUUCAUCAUCCUGUUCCAGCAAUAGCAAUUCGAAUUCAAAUUCCAAUUGUCAAAGUGUUACACCACCCAAUAUGCAUGAUAUCUUACAGGAACAGCAGCUAUAUCAACAACAAUGCAUGUCCGAGGAAGAGGGUUAUUCUUUAACAAAACUAGAGACCAGACGUGAACAGCAAUCAUGUAAAACUUUGGAGAAUAGACUGCAUUUAGCAACGGAAACAGCGGCAAAUGUGCAAACGUUUAAAAUCUUCCAUGAGGCAACCGGACAACAAGAAAUGGGCUUGUAUCAAUCUAGUAACGACAGAUAUUAUCCGCAGCAACAGCAGCCACAUCAACAACAAGAAUUUAUAUCGCAUAUAACACAAAAACCUUUGGAAUUGCACUCGCUUUUGCAGCAAGAACGUGAAGAGGAACAGCAGGUGGCCUAUGAACGUUUACAAAUGGAAAGUAAACUACAGCAGCAGCAUCAAAAUAUUAAUGCCUACGCUUGCCUACAAACAGUGAACAGUUUAGAACAAACUGUGCAGCCACCAUCUGUCGAGGAAGUGGAAUAUUUGGAGGAAGAAAGUGCUCUAAUAGAAGAGUUGCAGGAAGAAGAAAUAACAUCAACAGAUUCCAUGGUCCCCGCAGUCGAAGAAAUGGUACAAAUUAAUGAAAUUUCCUCUUCAUCCUGUGAGGACUCCAGUGCAGAGGAGGAAGUGCAGGAAACAGAAGUUUUAGAAAAAAUAGAAAUUUUACCCACAAAGCCUUUAGAAGAGGAAAGCGAACCGGAAUUAAUUAUAGCCGAAAGUGAAGUAUUAUUAAUAAACACUAAAUAUCCCUUAACAAAGAUCUCCAAAAACAGUAUUUGCCCGCCACCAACAGCAGCGUCCACAUCCUUAGUUUUAAACACUCCCCUUAAGACCAACAUAAAUCUUAGCAAACGCAACAAAACCACUUAUCUAUAUGCCAAUGUACCUAAUGAAAACAACCUACAAAGAAUCUCAAAUUCCAAAAAUCCACAUAUGCUUUACGCCAAAAAUACACAAUCCUCCUCAAAACGACGCCGUAGCAUGUGUAUGACGCCGGGCGGUAGUAGUAUGACACCACCGGCGGCCACUUCAACACCCAUGAUCCAAAGACAAUUGCGCAGCACUUCUAAUACACCCUGUUCCUCGAGUACAAAUCCCAAUCUAAUAGAUUAUGGCAAACGUACCUUGAGAACGCGCAAUUCUUUGGCCAAAGAAAUGAAAGCUAAAAACACUUUAGUUACCUCAACACUCAAAUAUCCACACAAUGCGGUAACACGCAAUUUCCUACGUAACACAGCCGCCAAUUUAAUGCUACUCAAUGAACAACAUCUAACACCCUGCAGUCGUAGAUCUCUUAGUAACAGCAACAGUGUGCGCUCUAAUCCCAGAGCUAGCAUCAAAACAAGACGUGAUACUACGGGACCGCCACAUCCUCAGCUUAAUCUAAGAUCUAGACAAAUAACUGCAACACCCGCCGCCAAUACCCCUAACCAGCCCUCAUCAAAUGUCAGCUCUUUGAGAACUCCUCCCGCUGCUACAUCUACACCUGUGAUAAAACGUGCCUCUCUAACGGAACGUCGUAUUUUACGUAGCAUGCAUACACGCAGCAGCUCCAGCAAAUCUUCACAAACACCUGCCAACUUUAGUAAAUCCACUAGAACCCAAAGUACGGGCAGUAAUUUGGCAGCUCCGCCACCCUCUCCCAAACUAAUAAAUGCUGCUGCUGCAGUGGCUGCCGCUACUCGGGCCAGAUCUUUGCUAAAUGCCAAACAUAACGCCGCCAACAAUGGUACUCAAUCGGUGGUAUCGGCUGUUUUUGGCAAGCGUACAAGUUUAAGAAGUAAUGUUAGUUCACAUCCGGCCGCUUUAAACUCUUCAUCCUCCUCCUCCGUCUCACCAGCAGCCACUCAUCAAACUUUAAGGGGUCGUAUUGUCAAGAAAUUGAAACGGUAAAACGUAAAAGUUUUUAGAAAUUGGGCUUUAGAAGGUAUUUAAAGUAUUACUAGGUUAAAAAAGCUUUCAAAAUCUAAAAGGAACUUUUUAACAGGACUCGAUACAAAACAGAAUUUGUAUUCUAAACAUAAAUAGUUUUUAAAAGCUUUAAUUCAUAAUUUGGAACAACAAAAUUCCAAUUCAAAAUAACGGCUUUAAACGGAAAGCUUAACAAAGAAAAUCUUAAUUUUUAUAGCCUAAAAGCUCUCGUUGUAUCUAAACCAUUGUUUUAGCUAGUUGUUGAAAGCUUUUAACAAACAAAUUUCAAAAAAAAGAAAAAGCUCUUGUAUGAAUUAUCUUUAAAAAAUAAAUUUUUCAUAGCUUAUCAAAAUUGUUAAAGCUUAACUUAUAAAUUCUUAAAACUUUUAAACAAAAAGCUCUCAUUAGACAUAAUUCUUAUGAAACUAUAGUUUUAUAAGUUUUAAACUGAAAGCUUUUGUCUUAUAUUGAAAGCUUUUAAUACGCAAAAAUCACAAAAAGCUCUUGUUUGAAUACUAUUUAUAAGUUUUUAAAUGAAAGCUUUUUGCUUGAAACUUAUAUACUCAACAAAACCAAAAUUUUCUUAUUAAAAGCUCUGUUUUAGAAAACAUACCUUUUAAUUUUAAAGCAAAAUAAUUGUUUUCUAAAGAAAGCUUUUAAACGUAAAAGCUUUUAACACAAAAAAUUUUAAUUGAAUGAAGUUGUAACUGCUUUACUUAAAGAAAAACGUUUUUAAGCUUAUUUUUCGUGAAAUUUUAAAGCUUUACUAAAAGCUUGGAAAAGAUUUUUUUACUAAAAGCUCCUUUUAGAAAACAAACGUUUUUGUGCAGCAAUUAAAAUUAAAAUUUUGAAUUUUUAGCCAAAAUUGUUGUUUUCUAAAGAAAGCUUUUAAAAGCUUCUUAAACAAAAUAUUAUAUUUAGUGCGCUAAAGCUUUUAAAUUGAAUGUAGUUCAAAUAGCUUUGCUUGAAAAAAAGUUUUAAAGCUGAAAUAUAUGUAAAGCUUUAUUAAAAGCGGUUUAAUUUUUCUUACUAAAAAGCUCUUUUUAGAAAACAAAGGUUUAAACUGCAAUUAAAAGGAAAAUUUUGAAUUUUAAACAAAAAAGAAAUUGUUUUCUAACGAAAGCUUUUAAAAGUUUAUAAUAAAAAGUAAUGUAAUUCUUUUUAACCUAAAGCUCUUAAUUGAAAACAAAAAAAAUUGUCUUUAUUUAAGCAUAAACAUUCGUUUUCAAUUGAAAGCUUUAAACAGCUUUUUAAAAAAUUUCAAAUUUCUUAAGCUUUUGGAAUAUUUUUUGAAAACAUUGAAGACCACAGUUUUUAUGACAAACAUUUUUUAAGUACGAAUCAAUUUUUAAAAGCUUUCAUAGUUUCCUGUGGAAAGCUUUUAAAAACAUACAUAAUUUCUGUUUCAAAAAGCUGUUAUUUGAAAGCUUUUAAAA